AUGGUUAAAUAUAUUCCUACAAAGCGUCAAUCAAAAAAAGAAACACUAUAGGAACCAAAGUAAGCAGCUAGAGUUAUCCGACACUAUCAUCUUGAGGAAAAAGUUGAUAAAAGACACAGAUUCAAAACCACAAAAUAAUAGAGAGAAGAAAUUGAUAUUAAUCUUUAACGUAGAAUUGAAGACAUUCAUAUUGAAACUAAAUCAGAUAUCUCUGGUUGUUACUUUAGAGACAUCAUUGAGUUGAAGCGAAGCUCUUUAUCUACAUUAAUGGAAAAAAGGUAUAUGAAUGAGUCAUACAAUUAUGCAUAAUCCUUACCUUAAAUCUUAGUCAAUCUGAAAUAAUUACUUGAUAUUGCUUAUACUUACUUAAAAGAAAAGAGUAGCAAAAAUUUAGUUCUCGACACCUUGCCAUAUUUAAUUAAGGAUACGAGAGAAGAAUUUUAUCCAUAUUUAGAAACAACAAUUAGAGAAAUUUUAUCUUAAAUUGAUAUUGAAUAAGUAGAACAUUUAGAAAAGAGCUUCUUAUUCAUAGCUUAUGCAAUUAAAUAUUUAGAAAAAGUGUUAAUAAAUUAAUUUGAACCUUUCAUUUAACUAAUGUAAGAAGUCUGCUUCUCUUCAAAAUUUAAUAUUAUCAAGAAAUUAGCCUCUGAGGCUGUAGGAUAUUUAUUUAGAAAAAAUAGAACCUUAAUACAUAGAGCUUUGUGUAUCGUAGAUCAUAAAUAGCUUAGUUACUCCAUCUAUAUUUCUAUUUAAUCAAUCAAAGGAUACUUAGCAAACAAUACUUUUAAAGUUAUUGAUGAAAUUUGGAAGACAGAAAAUAAAGAACUUAUUUCAUAAUUUUAUAUAGUCUUGGUUCAAAAUGUCGUUGAGAAACCUCAUUAAUCUCCAAAAAUCAUGAUUAGUUUAUUGGAAAUAUUUAAAGAUUUAAAAUAGAGAACAUAAUCUCUCGAUUAAAUAAUUUUGAUUGAACUACUGAAAAAUAAUAAAAGGAAGGUUACACCUUAAAUCGUAAAUGAAAUUAUAACAUUUGUUAAUGAUUCUGAUUCUAUUGGUUAUUUAUUAAGACUCCAUAAUAUAUAAAUUGAAGAGAUCAUCAUUUCAAACAGUACAUUUGUAAAUAAAAUGCUUAACUAAAUUACAAUUGAAGAAUUUUCCAGCAUUAUUGAAGUAAUUUUGUAAUAGCCAACUCAUUAAAGUUCCAAUAUUUAUAAACUCUUAAUUGCAGCAACUUUCUAGUAGCUAUUCAGAUAAAAAGAAGAAGCAUUAAUUUUGUUAUUGAAAUUAGAUGAAAUCCAUUGUAUUGAUAAAUUGACACCUGAUUAAUUAGAUCAAUUAUAUAAUUCAGAAUUAUUUAACAAGUUAUUGGAAACCGACAACAAUUUUUACAUACUUUCAUUAUGUAAAUUAAUUCAGAUGGUAGAAUUUCCACCAUAGAUUAAAUAAUAAAUAAUUAAUAAAUUGUAAGUAACUCUAAAUAUUUUAAAUAAGAAAAUAAUUUCUUAAGAUCAGAAAAUAGAUUAUUCUGAAAUAAUAGAAAAAAUCGAAAAACUAAGCCAACAUAAAUUAGAAAUAACAGAAGAAGUUGAAUUGUUAUAUGCAGAAUAACAUUAAGACAAUAAAUCAUUUGAAGAUGGAAUAAUGAUUAAAAUUUUGUAAAAUCCAGAAAUAAAAUAAAUUGAAUUGAAUAGAUCUAUUUAUAAUUUAUUCAGUAGAAUGAAUUUAUAAACAAAAGAAUUCUUUACUUUAAUGAAAAAUAUUCCAUAGAAUCAUUUAGAAAUUGGUUUAAUGAGUAGAAAAAGAUAAAUUAGAUUGAUCUGUGCAUAACAGUUAAAUUAAAUAGAGAAUUCCGAAUAAUUGCAAUUAAUGAUUGAUAUCGAUAGUGAGAAAAUUAAUAUUGAUAAUGAGAGGAGAAUUAAAAAUUCAAUAAUUAAUUUAAAAAACUUAGUUAAUAAAAGUACAAAUUAUAAAUAAAUUGAAAGAUAUGCUUUUGGGCUUGCAUUUACUAAAUUUUUAUUGGUUAGAUAAACAAUAAGAGAGUUAUUGAGCACAGUAUUAUCUAAAUGCAAUAUAUAAAGUAUUUUGAGAAUAUUUUUGAUUACACAUUAUUAAUAUGAAAAAGUGAAUUUGUCUUAUUUGGAUAAACACUGUUAUUUAGAAUAGGAUGAAGAAUAAUUAGAGUCUUAAGUUUGUUUUGAUGAAGUAUUUGCGUAGGCUAUUCAGCAUUGUGAAUUGAAUUAAUCUAUUAAACAAACUAUCUUCGAAAUUUCAACAAAAUAUUUGUAAUAAUAGUAUGACGAAGAUAUUAAUUGUAGUAAAGUAGAAUAAUAUUAUAAGAGAAGGUAUGGCGAUAAAACAUCUCAAUUUCAUUUGAAAAUGUUACAUUAAUCAUCUUAAAUUCAACUUUUUAAACAUUGGUUACUAAAAGAUGAUGAAUCGACAUAGAUGAUAGCAUUAAAUAACAUAAAAUUUGUAGAGAUCUAAAAUAAUUUAUAAGAAUAUCAUGGUAUUAUUAAUGAGUUUUUCAGUAGUAUGGAAUAGAUGAUUAAUGGUAAUACAUUUAAAGGUGAAAUCAUAAGGUUUUAAUUGGAUCUACCUUAACAUUUAUAAGAAUAAUAUAAAUUAUAUAUUCUUAAUGUUUUAUAUCCAAAAAUAUUUAGUAAAUAAAAACUACACAAGAAAAAGCAUAAGAAUUCUGCCAUUUAAGUUAGAAGGAAUGCAGUAUUUGAAUAAUUAAGCAACCUAAACUUAUAAAAUGAAUUAAUUACUUUGAUAUAAGCUAACCACGGUUUUCAUAAUGAUUUAAAUGAAGUGCCUAUUCAAAUAAAGAUAUAAUAUUUGAAAAUUUUAAAGAAUUUGAUUGAGAAAUUUGGUUAUUAAAUUAAUGUUGAAUAAUUGGAGAAAUAAAUCACUAUAAUUAGACAAUUAUUAAAUCAAGCAUAUGAAUUAAAAUAAAAUGAAAAUGUUACUUCCUUAUCUAAAGAAUUAUGGAAGGUGGGAGUUAAAAGGUUAUGUUAAAUAGUAAAUAAGUAUCAUUGUGAACAAACUUAUACAUCGAUGAUCUAAAACAAUUUAUAAUUCUGUUUAUAAGAUAACGGAUUCAUUUAAGGAUUUGAGAAAAUAGUGAUAGAUUCUAAAUCAUAACCAUCUGGAGUAUUAAAAUUACUCUAAAAUAUUUGUUUGAUAAAAGAUUAUUAAUAAUUCCUAUGUUAAAAUCACGAAUUACUCCUUAGUAGAUUUUUCUUAUUAUAUGAUUUUACUUACAUCAAACAAAUUCAUUUAGGUUAGGAUGAAGAUGGUCGAUUGGCUCAUUAACUUAAACAGUAAAUAUCACAAAAGAUUUCAUCCUAAAGAAAUUGUAUUCAAAUUCUAAAUAGUAUUUUGUAUUCAAUAUAUCAAUUGAGUGAACCAUCAGCAACAAUUGAAUUAGAACCAAAUCAACUUAGCUCUUUAUUUUCCUAACAAUAUGGUGAACUAUUAUUAAGUUGUCUAUUGAACAACGUUCGUUCUAAUAUUGAGUCAGAGAGUGAUUAAAUUAAAGAUAUCAAUAUGGUUUAUCUAAUUUAUACAAUUUUGAUGAAUAGAAAGGAAAUUAAGAAUUCAAUUCUGAAUGAAUGUUUAUUUUUGUUCAGUAAAUAAAUAAAUAAUCCUAAAUUGUAUGAUAGUCAAAUAUAUAAUCACAAUUUAAUGGGUAAAUUAUUAAAUAACUGCAUAAAAUGCAUUUUAGAUAAAGAAAUAGUAGUUGAGUACUAAUUGGUGGUUGAUUUAUUUUAGUCAUAUUCAAAACUCUUAAUUUUAGUUAAGAAUUUGACCACAAGAAAUCUAUUAGUAGACGUCAUAAUUUCGAUGGCUCAUAAAUUUAAGGAAUAAUACCCUUUAAAUGAAAACGACGUUUAUCUAUUAAAGGCAAUGAACUAAAGAAAUCAGGUAACUGAAGAGAUUGAAUUUGAAAAGUGCUUAGAGGCUUGUUUACAAUUUUAAAAGAUCAUCCACAAUAAUUAACAAACAACUGAAUUAAUUUUAUAAAAUUGCUUUUAUUUAUUAACAAGUUCAGAAUUAUCAAUUAGAAUUUCAGUUUUAGAGAUAUUUAAGAGUUAUUUAAGUAAGAAUAUACAAUCUGAUUAUAUAAAAUAAAAUUAUCUACCUUAAAUGAUUUAAAUAAUGAAAAUCAACGAAGAAACUUCAGUUAAAGCUGCAAUUUAAUUAUUUGAAUAAUAUUUAUUAUGCAUAAAGAUAGAUGAAUACACAUAAUAAAUUCUGAAUAAUCAACCAUUAAAUAUGAUUGAUGAAUAAUAUGAUAGCAAUUAUUGUGAAUUUAAAGUGUUGUUUGAGAAUGAGAAUGCCGAUUAAAAUGUAUUCAAUUUACUAUUUGAUAUAUAAUUAACCAAAAGAAUCAAGGGUGUUCAAUUGAUUUAGAAAAGAUUGUCAUAAAUUCCAAUUCUUUUGAUUGAUUCAAUAUCUAAAAUUAUGUUGCCUCUUUUAGAUUUUUAUAUAUUUUACGCAGGAGGUGAAUUGAAUAAUCAUAAACACAAAUUGACAGACGCUAAUAAAUCACACUAUUUAACUUUACAAGAUGUUUCUAUUUAAAUGUAUGGGUACAUCUGUAGCCAAUUUGAUUUUGAUAGAAGAAUAAGUCUCAUGCAAUAAUUGACUAAAAAGUUAGAGAAGAGCAUGAUAGGGAAUAAACAAUAAUUGUCAAAUGCUCUUAUUAAGACAAUUACAGUGAUUGCUUCUAAUAAAGAUGACAAUUUUAAUGUCAUCAAAUUGAUUAAAGAAAGAUUGCAAAUGAAUUCAGAAUCAAAAUUAUAGGAUUACUUGCAAUAAUACAUAAGUAUUGAGGAUGAAUAAUAAAAUGCUCAAAUCAUCGAUUUUGAAUUCAGUUAUAGAAGCUUAAUUUAACAAGAGAAGGAUUUAGCAAAAGUUAGAGAAAUCAAAGAUGUUUCUAAUCAAUUUUGGAAUUAAAUUAUAGAUAUUACUGUUGAUGAAAUUUAGGAAUGGUAGGAAAGAUCAAAUAUAUUAUUAAAGUAAAUUUAUUUACCUUUAAAAAAUCUAUUUUUAUUGGAUGAAAAACAUAGAGUGUAACUAUGUAUAUCUUUGACAGAAUUGAUUAUAUAAUUGCCACCUGAAAACUUCAUGGUAGAAUUAAAUAGACUUGUUGGCAAAUUAUGUAGGUUAUUGAAGAGUAAAGAUAAUGACGUGAGAGAUGAAACCAGAAAAUGCUUAUUGGAUUUAAGUAGAAAAAUUGGACCUAUAUUUUUAAAAUUCAUCAUCAUUUAAAUGAAAUCUAUACUUAUUUAAGGAUUUGAAAAUCAUGUUCUAUCUUAUACUUUAGGAUUAUUAUUAGAAUAAAUCACCGAAAUUGGUCAAAUUGACAAUUGCUUAGAAGAAAUAAUGGAAAUAUUAUUAGAUGAGGUAUUCGGAAGAUUAUGCACAGAAAAAGAUACUGAGACUUUACCUAAGAAAACUAAAGAACUUAAAAGUAAAAAAGGAAUGCAGAAUUUUAAAAUGGUUGGUCAAUUAAUUAAUUUUGUUAAUUCACUACCUAAAUUAAUUGGAACUAUAGAUUAUUAUAUUACUCAAUAUUAGAUUUCUCACAAUUUAUAAAGCAAACUUCGACUUAUCUUUGAACAUCUAUAUUUAGGAUUAAUUAAUAAUUCAUCGGUUCAAAACUUAGUUUAAGUAAUCUAUCUCAUGAUUUGCGAAACUAGUUAUAAACUAGCAGAUUCCUUGAAAUAAAGUCACAAUUUAGAUUUUACUUAUGCUCAAGGAACCUAUAAACGAAUUACUAAAGAAGAUAUUAUGACAAUUUAAUUACCAUCCUAUGGAUCAUAAUCUAUAUCUACUUACAUCAAAUAAAACAAAUUGAAAACAUCAAGUACAAUUAUUUAUGGCCUUGUAAAUUUUCUUAGCAUCAAGCUUCUUCACCAUAAUAUUUAAAAUGUUGAAGAUUCUCCUCUUUUAUAGAAGAUGUUCUCAAUCAUUUUAGAUUGUCUAAGUCAUAAAGACAUGAUUACCGAAUGUGUAUCAGUCAUUUCAGCAAUGAUCAAAAAGUUCGAUUGGGUCACCUAAUUUAAAAAAUAGAUUGUCUAAAAUGCUAUGUAAUGCUUAUCUACUAUAACAUCAACUGAUGAAUAAUUUAUCAGGGAUUCAUUUCUCUUAUUAAAAGCUAUUUUAGAUAGCAAGCUCAAUGAAUUCACUUUACAAUAAUAAAAAACAUUAGUUCAUUUUAUAGAUCUCUAUUUAGAAUCCAAUGAAGCAUUAGAAUGCUUGAAAUUGAUUAUUCAUGAAAUUUGGCCAUUGCCAUAAAUUUAUGAUAUCAUUAUGAAAGUUAGAGAAUCCAUGUUAUAAACAACCAAAAAGACGUAACAUCUAUCCUAAUAAAUUUACAUUAAUUUUCUAAUAAAAUAUCCUUUAUCAAGUUAAGUCUUAUAAUAACAUUAUGAUUUUAUAAUUGCAAAUCUAUAGUAUAAAUAUUUUGGUGGAAGGUAAAUCAUCCUUUAAUGCUUGUAAUAAAUAUUCUAGUUUUUCCCAUAAGAUACUGUUAAUAAAUUAUCAGAAAUUUCAUAUUUCUCUUUGAUUGUGGCAUUGGUUAAAGAAGAUGUAGAUUCUCUAAAAGAACAACUGAGCAAUGUGUUAAAUAUAUUGAUAUAGAAGACUACUUAAGAUAAAAUUAUGAAAUUUACUCAAAAUUCUUUGAUUUGGAUGACAAAUGAGAAAUUAAAGGUUUAAAUAUCAGGCUUAGAGAGUUUAUAUAUUUUAAAAGAUCAUCUGAAGUAUUAUUAAUCUAAAUUCAUUUUAUCUUCAAAUGAGUUAAUUGAUAAGUGUAUCACUAAUUGGAAUGAAUGGAAAAAUACAAUCUAAGCCAAGAAUAUUCAAAACAAAAACCUAAAAAAUAGUCAAUGGGCUAAUGAAUUAGAGGCAAUAUCAGUCUCAGAAUUUCCAGAGUUAUAAGAAUCACUCUGUUCUUUAUUAAAACUUCUAAAUGUAAUUGAUGAAAGCUAAUUAAUUUUAAUUUAUGAAUAAAAUACUAUUUGUAAAUUAUUCAAAUGUUUAUCAUAUCCACACUAAGAAACUGCAAAUCAGGCUAUUUAAUUAUUUAUAAGAUCUAAGCACUUAGCAAUUAUUCAUACUCAAAUUUAAAUUUAACAAGACCACAUUGUCAAAAACAUGUAAAAUAUAACCAAAUAUCUCUUCUUAAUAAAAUUUGCAAGAAAUCAAAUUAUUGUAAAUCAAGAACUAACAUUCUAAUUUAUUUUAGAUUAUCUAAAUUUAUUAAAAGAAUUAAACCAGCAAUCUCUAAUUCAAUUAAUUUUUGAUUGUAUAUUAAAAAUUACAACAAAUUUAAUGGCGAAAUAAUUAAAAUUAAAUAAAGGAAUUGAAAAUUUAAUGGAAUUUUACAAAUACAUAAUGAGUAAUGGAUUUGAAAGCAAUCAAAAAAUGAUAGAGAGCACAUUGAAAAUUCAAUCAUUAUAAUAAGAUAUGCCAAUAAUAGACUAGAUUUUGAAAUUGAUAGAGAAAUAGCUAGGACCUCAAGAAUUCAUAUCUAUGUAUUCUGUAAUUUAACAAGAGUUAAAUAAAGUGAAAGGGGAGAGGAAGAUAUAAACGAAGAUGUUAGCAAUAAAAGACCCUUAGAAAUUUUAGGAAAAAAGAUAAAGAAAGAUGAAAACCAAGUUGAUGUAGAAAAAGAAUAAAUUAUUAAUGAAAAGAGGCAAAAUUGCUAAGGAAUGA